AUGGUAGCUCCGGUGAUUGCGCUUUCGCACGGCGGAGGCCCCAUGCCUGUCCUUGGCGAUCCCUCCCACAAAGACAUCGUCAACUCCCUCAAAACCCGCGUCCCCAAGAUCCUCGGGCUCGGCACCCCCCAGCAGCCCCGUGCCAUCGUCCUCAUCACCGCGCACUGGUCGACGGACAAGCCCACCAUUUCCUCCGCGGCGUCUCACAAACUGCUCUACGACUACUACAACUUCCCGCCCGAGGCCUACUCGCUCCAGUAUCCCGCCCCGGGGCACCCCGAGGUCGCGCAGGCGGUCAAGGCCGCGAUGGAAGAGCAGGGGCUGAAGCCCGUGCUCGACGCAGAGCGGGGCUGGGACCACGGCGUCUUCAUCCCGAUGCUGCUCGUGAAUCCCGCGGCCAACGUGCCGAUUGUGCAGGUCUCGGUGCUGGAGUCGGAGGAUCCGGAGGAGCACCUGAAGAUGGGCGCGGCGCUGUCGAAGCUCCGGCAGGACAACGUCGCCAUUGUGGGCUCGGGGUUUGCCUCGCUGCACAAUUUCCAGGCGUUCAAUGAGCUGCGCUCCGGGUCGCCGCCGAGGGUCAAGUCGUUGGCGGACAGGAUCGGCCGGUGGAACAGCGCCGUGACGGAGGCGGUCGGCGCGGAGAGCAGGGAGGAGCGGUGGCGGAACCUCAAGGGGUGGCGCAGCUUGCCGCAUGCUGAUGAUGCGCAUCCGCCGAGGAGGGGAGAGCAUUUCCUGCCGCUGGUGGUGUGUGCUGGGGCGGCGCUGGAGGGGGAGAAGGCGGGUGUGUAUGAGGAUAGGUUUAUGGGGGUUGGGAUCAAUACGUAUUAUUGGGGGGCUGAGACGGUUGCUUAG